AUGGAGCGGCAGCCGAAGUCCAAAACUUGUGAGGAGUUAAGUGCAUCUGCCGCGCCCACACCGUCUGAAACAGUUUCCUCGGGUGACAGUGUGGCUGCCCCAACACCUGUGGAGCCAGAGAAGCGAAGUGCGGAAGCUGCGGAGGCCAUGGAGGCUGUCGAAGUUUCCAUGGAAGCUGAGGAAGCGACUCCGCCUCCGCCUUUGCCAGUGCGCUCAAUUGAGCCCAACGAGCAUGGCAUGAAGUGGUGGCGAGAGGCAUCCUGGCUGCUGGAAAUAAGCCCGAAUGCCGGGAGGUCACCGACUACCUGGGCUCAGUGCACUUUGGGGAGUGAGGGCCCUCUGCAGAUGGCGAAGCAUGCGAGAGCAGGUGAGCCGAGGGAGAGCGGCGAUGCUUUGCUUUUGCCCUUCGCAACUUUGAAAGGGGCCAGGGCCGGAUUGCUGCAAGUGGACUCCGAUGACGAACCGGAUUCGGAGGGGGGUGGCUACCAGGAGGGGCAGCCAUCCGAGCCAUCUCCAGCCCAGCUUGCGAGUGACAACGAUGACGGCGUGGUUUGGCAUGCCAAGGUCUUUACGGACGACUACAUCCACCCGAGGGACUGUUUGCCGUCGGGUGAGGUGAAACCACGGCGGGCGAUGCCUGUCAUCAGACAAUCAGAGCUCUUGUCCCAACUACAAAAAGUAGGGGACACCUGGAUCCUGCCAGGUCCGCUGAAUGGCUGGCCUAGCCUCGUCAACCUGCAGCUGCGAUCUAUCACUCAGAAGCAGAGAGGCCUGCUGCCAAUGACGGCGGCAGUGAAGCGCAUCUGGGUUGAUGGUGACGAGCUUCCAAAGAAGCUGCCGGAGAGAUGUCGUGCAACCUUCCUGGCACCUUCCUGGAUGAAGAAGGGCUGGUCCAAAGAUUCGGCCGGCUUUGUGUGGUGGUUCACACCACGAUGCAUCCACAGCCCCGGUGCCUGCCACUUUGGAGAGCGAUUGGUGUCCACGCUUCUCACGGGACCCCACAAGGAUGCAGAGGCUGUUCAAGUGCAUGCGAUUGCACAUCGCUACCCGGUGGACAGUGAGACGCUCCGAGACCUUCAGACGUGGCAUGUGGCGGUCGCUUUGGAAUGGUCCCAUGGACAGUUUUCAACACUGGUGGAGCUAGCAUGGCUCAAUGGCAUCGGUGGCUACGGUGGAAAGAGCAACUGGGUUGCGGACAAACUUGAGCCAGUUCCUGAAAUCUACGAAGCAAUGGCAAGUUCUAUGCGAGGAAGCUGGAACCAGGUAAGAUCUGAGAUCCGCAUGAUCGACAUGCCAAUCACUUCGAAAGAGCAGCUAGAGCAGUAUCUCCGGAGGUACAGUGAGGACGGUGGCUUGCCUCGAAACGAAUGGCGCUUCAAAGCACCCCGGAUAUAUGCAUCUUCGGAGGUGCGUCUGAGACUUCGCAGUCCUGCACACAUUGCUGGCUACCUGCUGAACUACAUCAGCAGAGUUGCCGAAUACGACACACUGCGCAAGAAUUGCCAGACAUUUGCCACAGACUUCUUCGCAUUCCUGAUGCACAAUCUGCUGCUGCGACACUUCGCCGUGGCGGUCCGUGCGUUUGGGCUGUGGUCACGGCUGGUACUGCGCUGGGAUACUCAGCCAUCUUUUGGACUUGCUUUUUCUGUGAGCAGUCUUCGACAUGCGACGAAUGUAGGUCCCGAGUGCUCAUCGGUCCUCGCUGAACGAGAUCUGAGGAAGCUCCUCCCCACCGAAACGAUCGAUCGGCUCCUGGCACGGAGCCUCGAGCAGGCCGUGUCAUCUUCAGCGAACAUCCGUGCCUGCCCAACGCCGAAUUGCGUUAUGCGUGUCGCCAUCGAAGAGGGCGACAUCACGAAGUUCAAGUGUACCAUCUGCAAGAAGGAGUCAUGCCUUCGCUGUGGACGACAGCCGUUCCACAGAGGGAUGACAUGCGAGGAGUACGCCGAAAAGCUGAAAAAUUCAACACGGGCUGCAAAGAAGGAGCGUCAGGCUGAGCAGCUCUUCGAGCAGUGGAUGGAGAAGACGGGCUCAAAGCAGUGCCCGACAUGCCGCAUGGCCGUCACGAAACAGAAUCUUGACAAGCAGAAAACGCAGUACUCCGAAUGUCACAAGAUGAGCUGCCGGAACUGUGGAACUAAGUUCUGCUUCAAGUGUCUGGCGAUUCUUACAGACACUUACACGUGCGGAUGCACUAUUGAUGCCCACGGUUUCAUUGACCCGGUGACGGGCAAGAUCGUGAAGCAUCUGAAGAAGAGGGCGAAGAAAUGA